AUGGCAGCCUCCGACGCGAAGUUUCCUGUCGCCGGUCUUGCCCGUGACGGCUGGUCAACCGAGGACGAAACCACUGCAACCUGUUUUUGUGGAGCGGUCCAACUUGUCUUUCCCAUCCAAGGCUCCGGCCUGGUCAACCGACACGUCUGCCACUGCAGCGACUGCCGCAAGAUUAGCAGCGGCCUGUACAUGUCCAAUAUCACCGUCUCGGACGCUCAGCUCCGCCACGUCCGGGGCCGCGACCAGCUGAAGAUCUUCUCCCAGUCCGAGACAGUGCGCUCCGGCGGGCUCAUGACCAACUACUUCUGCGGCACGUGCGGCACCCUCAUGUACCGUCGUGGUGAGCGCUUCCCGGGCCUGACGAUCCUGCGCACGGGGACGGUCGACGACUUCUCGCUGGCCGAGACCAAGCUGCGGCCUCAAGUGGAGCAGUUUGUCGAGCACCGGGCGGGAUGGCAGAGGCCUAUUCAGGGUGUGCCGCAGGUGGUUGGGAUGCAUUCACCGGCGGAUCUUGAAAGGGCUCCGCUGUGA